AUGGCCGAUUACCUAUCACCCACUAGGUUUCGUCUCAAAAGCGAUGGGACAGUUGCACCAAAAAUUGUAACAAUUCAUAAUUGGACAAUAGCAUUAACAUGUCGCGUUGUUCAAGCACUAAUAUUAGCCUAUACUAUUCUUUGGGUAAUGUGGCUUCAAAAAGGUUAUCAAGCAAUCGAUACAGCAAUUAUUAGUUCUGUUACAAUAAAAGUAAAAGGUAUCGGUGUCUCUUAUAAUAAGCCAAACGAACCAAUUACAGUCGAUAGUGCUGAUUAUAUUAUACCACCACAAGAGAACAAUGCUCUAUUUAUAAUGACAAAUUCUAUUAAAACUGAUCAACAACGAAAAAAAUGUGGUGAAGGUUUUGAUAUUCGGGAAGCAGCAUGUACAAAUCAUUCAUAUUGUCUAGCAAAAAUGAAACAACUUUCAGCAAAAGCAAAUGGUCGUUGGACAGGUAUUUGUCGAAAAGAUACGAAUAGUUCAUCACUCAUAGGACGCUGUGAAAUAGAAGGAUGGUGUCCAGUUGAAGAUGAUUCAGUAAAAACAAAACCAGUUACUGAUUCAUUAAAUUAUACAAUAUUUGUUAAAAAUUUUAUUGAAUUUCCUAAAUUUAAUACAGCUCGUACCAACAUUGGUUUUGAUGCAAACUAUUUAAAAAACUGCAUAUUUCAUCCUAAAAAAGAACCACAUUGUCCAAUAUUUCGUGUUAGUGAUUUACUAAAACUUGUUGAAAAUGAUGAUGAUGAACGAAGUAAAAUGUUAGCAUCUGGUGGUGUUAUUCGAAUUAAAAUUGAUUGGAACUGUAAUCUCGAUAAACCGUUAAACGAGUGUAGACCUGAAUAUACAUUUGGUCGUUUAGAUUCACCAUAUAAAGUUGAAAAAUUUAGCUUCGGCUUUAAUUUUCGUUUUGCAUCACAUUGGAAAUAUUCUAAUCGUUCAUUUCGAACAUUAACAAAAGCAUUUGGAUUAAGAUUUAUUAUUACUGUUACUGGAAAAGCUGGCAGAUUAAAUUUUCUAACAUUAACAUUAAAUAUUGGUUCGAUGAUUGGUGUUUUAGGUUUAGCAACAGUUAUUUGUGACAUUGUGGCAUUAAACUUUGGUAAAAAAGGAAGUGUCUAUAGACAACAAAAAUUUCAAAUUAUAGAUUUCGAUACGAAACUUCCAGAAUGA